AAAAAAAAAAAAAAAAAAAACAACUACAUACUUUUACUUCAAAUCACCCAUACAAUCCACAUCACAUAAUAUCCAACAUGACUAACUGGACUACCAUUAAGAUCCCCUCAACCCCUACCCCCAACCUGAUCUUUGUCGACAAUAUCAGUGCCUCCGCUUCGGGCAAGACUGUUAAGGACUUCUUCUUGUUCUGCGGCAAGAUCCUCGAGUUUGAGAUCCAGAGGGAGGGUGAUCAUCAGGUUGCCCUUGUUCUUUUUGAGCGUGAUUCCGCUGCCAAGACCGCUUGCAUGUUGACCAAUGCCAUGAUCGUUGACAGCCAAAUCACAGUCAAGCCCUACUUUGAAGAGACUGCCGAAGGCGAGCACAUUCCCCAAGAGAACAAGCCCAAGGCUACCAUCUUUGCUGAAAUUCUCGCUGCUGGAUAUCAUCUUCAGGACCAGAUCAUCGAGAAGGGUCUUGAAAUUGACGCCAAGUACGGAUUUGCAAACAAGAUCCAGGCCUAUGUUGAGGCUGCCAAGGCUCAGGCCAAGACCCUCGACGAGAAGUUCAAGGUCACGGAGAAGGCUGCCGAGAUUGACCACAAGUACCACGUCCAGGACCGUGUCAACGCUGCCGUUGGCCAGGGCAUUGAUUACAGCAACCAGGCUCUUCAAACUGCCCCUGGACAAAAGGUCACAGGCAUUGCUUCCCAUGUCAAGGAACAAAUCGCUGCAGUUCACUAUGAAGCCCGUCGCAUUGCUGACGAGAAGAAGACUAAGGGCGGUGCCCAUCACGAGACUGAGGGUACCACCGGUUCCGAAAGUACCCCCGCUCCCCAUGCAGACGCCACUGUCCCCGCUGAGAAGACUGCUUAAGUGAAGACGAUGAAGAAUCCGGCAUACCAACGGCUCUUUUCAGUCAUAUUGCACCAUCAUUUGCACACCUGCUCAUCAAAGGAGAAAAAGAAAAAAAAAAAUUACACUCCCU